CAAAUUAUCGAAAUCAGCCAAUACUUACCUGUCUGGCCAGCCAUCUUCACCAUCAGCAAGGGCUCUACACAUCCAAGGAGUAACGGGAACUGGACAAGGAGUCGAGCAGAUCAACCUUCAGGAGACAGGUGUACCGGGGCCACACCUGUACAUAUACCACAACUUCAAAAUGGAAUCACCACAGCCUGAAAUGGAGAUGCCAGAGUCUCCACUGUUGAGUGAGAUGAUAAAGGAAGAGAUCCUUGAUGGGGAGGCCACUGAGCCAGUUGAAGAAGAGACUGAGGUUCCCAUGAUUGAAGAGAAGGAAACUGAGUUGAAGGAGGAAGAGGAGGGUGAGGGGAAUGCACUGAAGCGACCAGCAAGUGCCAGCCCCUCAGAGGACGAGCCAGCCUCGAAAAAACGUUCUAACGAGGUUGACAAGCUCUGGAAAAAUGUUCACGAUAAUCCUAAUGAUUUUCAAGCUUGGACGUUAUUGCUGCAGCACAUUGACCAAGUGGUGAGUAGCUACUGUACGUCAGAGACCACUUGGUGUGACUUAGUAGAGAGUGAGGAAAUUGAAGAGAAAUUGGAGCCAGACAGGAGCUUCAAACAGAGCGAUCUGGAAUCUGGCAGAGAGGCGUACGACGGGUUCUUUGAGAGAUACCCUUACUGCUACGGUUACUGGAAGAAAUACGCUGACUUAGAAAGACGCAAGGGCACCAAAGAAACAACAUGCAAGGUAUUUAAUCGAGGGCUGGAAGCCAUCCGGCUGAGUGUUGACCUGUGGCUCCAUUAUAUGGAGUACAUCACCUCACAGUUUCCCGAUGAUGAAGCCUUCGUCCGUCAAGAGUUUGAGCGAGCCGUGGAAACCUGCGGGCUGGAAUUCAAGUCAGACAAAUUAUGGGAAGCGUACAUAUCAUGGGAGAGUACAGGCAAGAGGUGGAAAAAUGUUACGCUUCUCUAUGAAAGAAUUUUGGCAACUCCAACAAGCAAAUACAUGCAACACUGGCAGAAGUUCCAGGACCAUGUAAAGAAACACCUGCCAAGUGAGAUUGUUGGAGUGGAUGAAUUUCUUAGUUUACGUCGUGAAGUGCUGGCAGAACUGAAUAGGUCAGACACGGAGACUCCAGACGAAGCACCUCCAGGUGUUGAGGCGGCCCCGGGCGAUGAACAAGUCGGGACAAAUGUGGAUGAAGAAACCAAAGCCCUACAGAAGAACAUCAUAUCAGCACGACAGAAGAUCCACGAUGCCAACGUGAUUGAAGUCAAAGCCUUGUGGAGUUAUGAAGAUGCCAUCAAGAGACCAUACUUCCAUGUUAAGCCUCUGGAGAAGAGUCAGUUAACUGCCUGGAGGAAUUAUCUGGACUAUGAGAUGAAGCUGAUGAAUGCUGACAGAAUAAGAGUGUUGUUUGAGCGUUGCCUCAUAGCUUGUGCCUUUUAUGAGGAGUUUUGGAUGAGGUAUAUCAGAUACCUGGAAGAAGUAGGCGCAGCGGAAUCAGAAAUUCGAUCAGUGUACCAGAGGGCUUGUGUCAUCCACCUGAGGGAGAGGUUCCGUCCCCAUCUCUCCUGGGCAGCUUUUGAAGAAGAGAAAGGUGACGGAGACCGCUCUCUGGAAAUCCUGAGAGAUGUCCAGAAUCGGGUGCCAGGUAGCUUAGAGGCGUGGAUGCAGGCUGCUGGGGUAGAGCGGCGCCGAGGCAACAUGGAAGCGGCAAAGGAUAUAUUUGUCCAUUGCCUCUGCCAGUGUCAAGAUCGAGAAGACAAGAAUGCACACUCACACGUUUCUUUGAAGUUGGCCAGAUUCUACACUUUCUUUUGCAAUGAUCCAGAGAAAGCAGUAGAAAUCUUGAAGGAGGGUCAUGACUUCAACAAGGAAAAUGGGAAUGUUUUGCUUGCGUUGGUGGACCAAGCUCUUAUAUGUCGCCCACCCAAGUUUGAUGAAGCAAUUCUGGCACUUAGGGAAGGUGUAGAGAAUUGCCAGCAGCCAGGAAACAGACUCAUGUUUGCUCACAGAUUCUUCCAUUUUAUGACUGAGUGUGGCCAAGACUCUAACAGUGUGAGUGAAGGAUUGAGGGUGUUACGUCAAGUUCAGAUGGAGAUGCGGCAAAUGGACUCUGCCAUGGCGGAGAUUGAUACAUCAAGCAACAGCAGCAAACCAGAAGUAGCAGGUGGUGGUAUUGCUGUGGUUGAAUCACGACGAGAAAAGCGCGGCAGUCAAGACAAGUCUAGCCCAGGACCCAUGAAUGGCACCACAAAUUCAACCAAUCAAGCUGUGGUUGCCAAUUACCAGGGGUACCAACAGUCAGGAUAUGGAGGAUACAACCAAGGCUAUACUCAUGGAUAUGGUGCAUCCCAUUACCAAGGAUGGGGUUACCCUAACCAACAAGGGGCAUAUGGGUAUGGGCAACAAGGCUGGGGAACCUAUGGCAAUUAUUAUGGCCAGAGAUAAAAAACAUGGAGAGGUCCAGUUCAUAUUUUAUUCUCCUGUUCCAUUUCUCAAGUGAAUAACAUAGUGAUGCUUUCAUUGUUAGGGUUUCAUGUUACAUUGGACUACCACAUGGCGCAUUUGUUAUAAUGCUGAAGGGAAUAGUAUAAUGCUUUCGUGCAUUCCUGGCAACUCGGUCAGGAGUGUGUGUGGUAUUUCAUAUACUGCUCGUCUAAUUAACAAUAUGACAGUGGUGUUGGGAAGUGGUGACAUAUUAUACUAUGGAUGUAAAGGAGUGAAUAUUAUGGGUGUGCAGGGAAGAUAAUUUUAAACAUAUGAGCUUGAGAAAUGAAAAACUUAUAAUUUUCAAGUGUGGUUGGUAAGAAAACCAUAUGUGUAGAUGUCAAAACUUCCAAGAAUAAUUAGUAAUAAUAAAGGGUUGGUGGAUGCUAAAGCUUUGAAAAAAAUGUGUAUGUCAGCUAUUCACUUGUUCCAUUUUAAAUGUGUUGGUACAGUAUAUUGAUAACUUUGUACAAAAUGCUAUUUUAAAAAGUUAAUUAAUAGGGAAAAAGUGCACUUUCAAAGCCUUUCAUUGUUAUAUGCUUUUAUUUAUAAAAAGUUACACUUAAGUAUCUUAAAUGUUUAAAAAUAAUUGAUAUUUGUUUUUGUUUGUUUUUCUUCAAGUUUCUUGGUGGAAACAGUACAGUACAGUACAGUAGUCUGAAGUAUUGGUGGAAAUAGAUUUCACCAAAUUGUGAAAAUUUAAUUAAGUUUCAUUAUCUGGAAUGUUAUGCCUAUACCAGAUAGGGCUUCGUUUUAUGAUUUAGUUAACUAUCUUCACCUCCAGCAUGGAUACAACAAUAUAAAGGUACGUCAUAGUAGUAGAGUGCGUGCGUGCGUGCCUGCAGUCAUAAGACAAUUGGAAGUAUGAAUGAUUUAGUUAUACAUGUGAAUGACAUUGCGUACAAAUGUGUGCUAGGGGCCAAGGUAUGUGAAUGUUCAGGUUUCAUGUUAUAUGACUGUAAAUUUCUUAAGCAUCUUCAUUAUCAUAAAUUGGUCAAUGUGAUAGUAGUGUGACAGCUUUGGGACAAGAGUCAGCCCAUGGCCUCGUUAUGCUCUAAAUAUGAAAGUUUACAAUCCCAUUAUAAUGUUGUGGGUGUGUAAACUGGGUAACCUAUUUCUGCAAUUUUUUUUUAAUAUAAAAAAUGGCAUUAAAUUGAAUGGUAUUUGUAAUUUUUUCUUGUUUGAUGCCCAUUACAGUACAGGUAUGUUUGAAAUAUGCACUUCAAUAAAUAAUAGUGGAAAGGAAGAUGUGGCUGAUAAGUUAAGUGCAACUCUUGUUCAUGGAAAUAAUACAACAGUUUAUUUCAGUGGCUAAAUUGAGUCAUGCCUUUGGGCAUUUACUUGGUGAGUAGACAUUGAAUAAAUCCUAGCUACCUUUAUCUCCUGACUAUCUGCUUCCAUUAUAUAUAGGUGGUUAUUGCUGGUCAACAGUCUACUUUGAAUAGUCCAUAUGAAGUGGCUGAUUUGUGUAGUGAACAUUUAAUGGGAGUUGAAUCUGAUGUAUUAAGAGUAAUAGCUUUGCUUUUAUACUCAGAUUUACAAUGGUGUGGUUGACAUCUUGUGGUAUGUAAACCCAACAUGUUGGUGAGAAUCUUGGUCACUGUAAAGUAUUAUUAGUUUUUUUUUUCUGCAAAG